CCUUGCUGUAUAUAAAGCCAGCUGCAGCAGCAGCAUUUUCAGAGUCACUCAAGAGCAGCGUGGUGUUCUGACAGCAAGCUACUUCAGCAUAAGCUCUUCAGUCUUGUGGAUUCUCUGGAUUUUGCGAACUCUUCGGCAUGGCUGCAUUCAUCACUGUGGUUCUUCUGGCUGCGCUGCAUCCAUUGAUGGCAUUUGACAUGGGGCAGUCGACUCGCUGUGUCGCCAUACCCAACCAGAUGGGGGUAUGCAAAGAUGUAGGAUACUCAGAGAUGCGCCUGCCCAACUUCUUGGGCCAUAGCAACUUGGAGGGUGAGGUAGUGCCACGUUCAGAAGACUGGAAGCCCUUGUUGCAGACGGGCUGCCAUCCCCAAGCCCAGGCCUUCCUGUGCUCCCUUAUUGCUCCAGUCUGUCUUGACACUUUUAUCCAGCCCUGUCGUAGUCUCUGUGUGGCAGUGAGAGACAGCUGUGCCCCGGUACUCGCAUGCCAGGGUCACCCAUGGCCUGAGGCUCUUAACUGUGAGCGUUUCCCUGCUGAAGAGGACAUGUGCCUUUCUCCUCAUGCAAAAUUUAGUCACUUUGCCAAAGAUCUACCCAAACCUGCUUGUCAAAACUGUCCAUCAGUUGAAGAAGCUCCCUCAAUGAAGAGAGUUCUGGAUUCCUUUUGUCACCAUGACUUUGCUGUUACUGCCAAACUUCAUCGUCGUCGUCUGUCUAAUGCAUUGCCGGAGUUUGAGGUGGAGGGCAGGGUGGAGUUUAUCCGCCAGGGACCUCUGUUGCCCUAUGACACCCAGCACCUACUCCAGCAGUGGCUCCUCAUUAACCUUCAGUGUGCUAAUGUCCUUGUCCGCCCGGGACGGUCACAGCUGUAUGUGCUGACUGGUUCUGUGCAGACUGACGGAACUCUUGCUCUCACGCGUCUCUUCCCGUGGCACAAAAAAGACGCAAACAUUGCAGUGGCCACUCGCAAGUGGAAACACCACAAGUGUUGAGCGGAGCAAAAACUUCAGAUUUCAGACGAGGUCAAGGAGGAACUUUGUGAUCGCCUCUUACAAUUGGGAGAUUACUGAGAACACGUACGCUAGAACAAGAAAGCUCAAAUGGAUAUAGAAACAGAGCUGACCUCAGCAUCACCUCGACAUCCUUUGGCUUCUCUCAGUAGCUCACUAUCUCAUCACUGUUCUUACAUCACACUGUAAUGGAAUGCACUCAAACCUGUACAUAGUAUUAAUAAUUGUAAAUUGAAUUAAGAUUCUAUUUUCUAUAAUGAUAUUGGUGUAUUUAUGACGUCUUUUUUAUUUGUUUGUGUAUGUUAUGUGGGGAA